GAAAAAAAAAUUAUCACGCAAGAACCAAAAAAGAAAGAGUACAGGUUAUUGUCCGUGAUCUGCGAAAAUCCCGGCUUUGGCUGUCAAGACUAGAUGAAAGAUUACCGUUUUCCUGGGCUGAAGACAUGGCAGCGCAGCCGCAGCGACGAUUUCAAAGUGACACUUUAAAGCAUGGCUUGGACGAAUAGUCCAAUAUACCGCAUACAUGGGCUGGGCUGCUAUGUACUCUUAUUUUUGUUAUGCCGUUCCAUCUUUUUUUUGGUCAGAUGCGUGAGCUUACUACAACACCACUGGCCGUGCAUUGCAUAUACUAGGACUAAUCCGCUCUCUGGCUUCCUUCUGAUGUCUAAACCCCCCCUGGUUUGAUCUUUUAUUCCUUCCUUUCUCAUCAAAGUGUACAAGAUUUGCCGUGGUAGCGAAUGCAGGUACCGAAUGAAGACCGACGAAAUGUGGGAGGGUGCCAAUGCGAUAAACACCCCCUAAAAUUACCCAUGGUGGACCAAUCCCAAGCCAAAUACAGUCGUUUUCUACAGCUUGUCUUUGUUUCUUCUGUUUCUGUUCUAUCCUAGUUCGAGAACACCCUCUUUCCCAUCCCUUGCUUGGCCUCUAAUCCUAGACACCCUUAACAUCUUGUCAUAUUACCCUCCUUUCGGGUCUAGAACUUGGCGGUUGAUUUUUGUUUUGGGCUGGUAAGCCAGACUGAUGGAGAUCUGAUCCAGUAGCGAGACCAAAGUUUGGCCCAGAGACAUUAUACUCAUCCUCCCUUAUAAGUUGCGCGGCUGGCCCGUCGUCCCAUGAUGAGAUUUGAGUCCCGACAGCUUCUUCGACCAUCGUUCUCUCGACAAGCCGCUCCUUUCCGCAUUGCUUUGGCCUCGUUGCCCUCUACACUCCUUUUGUAUAUCAAGUUCACUUGACACUCGGUCAAUUAUUGACUUUUUGUUCAUCUGGCCUUUGUCCCCCUAAACUUACAGGAUCGACUUACACAUUCUUUUAUAUCGACGAUCACUACUUCAAUUUGCCUAGAAUGCAGAUCUCCAAAGCCAUUCUCUCCCUCCUCGUCCCGGCCCUGGCCGUAGCGACUGAUGCUCCAGGGUAUGCGGGAUUCACCCGUAUCUGGCAGGACAACUUUAUGGGAACCUCGGGCAUCCUCCCCGACGAGGGCAAAUGGAACAUCAUCGACCGCGACAUCGGGGUCAACAACGAGCUGCAGACGUACCGGCGCUCUGCGCGCAACAUCCAGCUCUCGGGCGGGCAGUCUCUGCAACUCAUACCGUGGCGCGACUCCUCGGCCCGCGGCGGCUGGUCUUCGGGCCGCGCCGAGUCCAAAUACGUGCUGACGCCUCCGUCGGGCCGCGUGACGCGCGUCGAGGCCCAGCUCCGGUUCGGCCCAAACUCCAUCGGCAACAAGCAGGGGAUCUGGCCGGCGUUUUGGAUGCUGGGGGACUCGAUGCGCCACGGCACCGCCUGGCCCGCCUGCGGUGAGCUCGACAUCAUGGAGACGGUCAACGGCAUCCUCACCGGCCACGGUACCACCCACUGCGACGUCUACCCCGGCGGUGCAUGCAACGAGCCGUCGGGGAUAGGUGCGGCCGUGACGCUGGCCAACCAGGAUACGCACACCUGGAGGCUUGAGAUUGAUAGGAGGGCUAGCAGGUGGCAGGAUGAGACGAUUACCUGGUUUUUGGAUGGACGUCAGUUUCAUCAAAUCACUGGAAACAGGAUUGGCAACGAACGCGUCUGGACCAGCCUGGCCAGGAGCCCGCUCUACAUCAUUCUGAACGUGGCUGUGGGCGGCGACUGGCCCGGAUACCCAAACAGCAACACUCUCGAAGGAUGGGGACAGAUGAUGGAGGUUUUCUACGUUGCCCACUACCAGAGCACGUAGAGCACCCUACAGUACAGGGGGCCAUUUUGCUUUUGCUCAUCAGAACAUUCGCUUUUCAUUACCGACAUAUUUGAACACUUCUUUGUACAUAUUUAUAAAUCGUAUUUGAUCAGAACAGCCCAUACAAGAUCAACAUGAUCUUGUUGCGGCGCAUAUAGCUUGUGUAAACGAGAACACGAGAAACGCAA